AUGCCUCCUUCACAAUAUUCACAGCUUUGGCCCCGACAUGGUGUCCUCUCCGUUCUCAGUAUCAUCGGCGGCGACGUCGUGCAGCGCGCUAUUGCACAGCUCGCAGGCAGCGGCCCGUCUUACUUUACCCCCGUUGCCUUCUCAUUUGGCUGGGUCGCCUACUCCUUCAGCGCCCUGCUCUCUGCUGUUGGGGAGGGCCGUCUUAUGCCCCCAUCUGACUGUCCGUCCAUCGUCGUAAACGCAGAAAACGGAUACGUUCGCACAAACAUGUCUUGGCCUCUCGGCCGACUCCUGCGCGACCACCGGUCCCCUCAUUAUCGGAGUCAUAGUGGUCUCACUGUUUCAAUGUACUUCGCUUCCAAGUCCAAACCCGCUGGUAUUCCUCGUAAAGACUGGGUAUACUAUAGCGGUAUCGCCGUUAUCGUUGCACAACUCGUCAUUUCUGUCGUUCCGUGGCGCGCAGAGAAAUGGAAAGCACGGCCAGUGGGGAAGCGCGAGAUUAUCUGUCUGACGCGUGGUAAUGGUAGCAACAGUGUCAUUGUUAUUGUUAGUGACGAGACAGGGAUUAGGCUUGAGGACCUUGCUGCCGCGCGGUUGGAGUUAUUCCGUUCAACUUCUAUCAUGACUCUUAUCCUUGCCACCCUUUGGAUCGUUCACCUCCUCACUGUGCAGACCUUACAAGAUGAUGCAUGGUUCUUACUCGGAAUCGGUGGUCUUGGCAUGAUUCAGAACCUGAUUGCCGCUGGCGCUUCACGCAGCGCAGCUGCACUUGGGUUUCACCUCGAACGCCCCCGUGAGGUGCACGAUGAUAAGGUCUUCAAGGCUCUGCAAGAGGCGGAAGAGCUGGAACGCGGAGUUGGAGUGUCGCUGAUUCCAGUAUUUUUUCCGGGUGGUUUGAGGGCCGAUGAAAAGAAAUGGGUGGAUGAGACGGAGGCGGAGAACGCUGCAUUUCGCCGUGCUCAAAAGAAUCAGGCCCAACAAUCGCUCAUUGUAACGGCCGCGUUCCGUUUCUAUCCCAUUCCAGUCCCAAGUAUUACGAUCGUUCUCUUCCUAUCUCUGGCUUUGUGCCUUUACAAUGCUUAUUCGUGAGAGACGCCAUGCAUACAUACCAUUACCUAUCGUUUCCUACAUUUCCCGGGCGUCUCUUAUCGUAACUCACUAGCUUAAAUACGGGUAAGUGUCACAUACUUAGGGCAACGUUCUCGUUCCCCAGAAUACCAGAUUUCAACGUUCAACCCCGUCCGUUACCUCAUGAGAGUGUUCUUAUUGUGUCGUCGUCUUCGAGCCUAAUACGCUAAAUACUCGACGUCACAUCUUCUUUGACGAACGAAAGUCUAUCCGAGCCAUCCAUUUUAAACUCUACUCUCUCCUUGAUACCUUGUCGACUCUAGAACCAACGGCGCACGGUUAGCACUGCGAGUUACUGCGAGUGUUACGUUUCGGUGGGCCUAACCGUAGUAGAGUUAGGCCCACCGAAACGUACCACUUGACAACCGCCGCGGGUUAGAGUAGUAACGUGAUCUUUAACCAAUGGAAAAACUCAAAUUUUCGACAUGGAUAAGAUUUAAU